AGGAGCCAGUGACACUGUACCAAUCCUACUUUCCCUUUGCACAGUCAUAAAGAUCUCUUCAUUUCAAGGGCCUUUCAGUUCUCAGCCUUUUCAGUCCCUCGUGAUGUCAUGUGAACAGGGAGAAAUAUGGGCUAUAGGACAGGUAAUUGGGUGGGUUGACAAAGGCCUCAUUAGUAAAGCCAUCGGGAGGGAGGUCUCUCAUGAUAUGCCACAGGGCUCUGCCCUGGCAAACACUAACCCACAACCUGGAUAAAGACUAACAGUCUUACUUAACAAAUUGGCAGGGAGCACAUUGCUAAGAGAGAGAGCAGAAUAAUAACAAGGUCUACAAAUUUAUCUCUACGGGUUUGGAUAAAGAGCUGAAUCUGACAACGGCAUUUGACAGGGAUACAUUUUUAAAAAAUUAUAAACUUUUCUGCAGAAACUUAGCUUCCAUGGAAAUACUUUUCUUUGUCCUGACUUCUCUUUGCUCUGAGGACCCACCAUGAAGGGGGCUUGAUUACAAGUCAGGGCUGGGGGUGGGGCAGCAACACCUACCUCCCCACUCCCUCACCCCAUCUCCUCCCUGCUCCUGCUUAGGCCUCAUUUAGAGAUGACCCUGGAAGGAGAGUGUCUGGUUUCCUUAGUCUGAGCGUCCCAAUAAACCACUGGAACUUCUUGCAUCAGCCUUUUGCCCACAAAGACCCUCACUGUUGGGACUUCCCUGGUGGCAUAGUGGUUAAGAAUCCAUCUGCCAAUGCAGGGGACAUGGGUCCGAGCCCUGGUCCGGGAAGAUCCCACAUGCCGCGGAGCAACUAAGCCCAUGCGCCACAACUACUGAGCCUGCGCUCUAUAGCCCGUGAGCCACAACUACUGAGCCUAUGUGCCACAACUACUGAAGCCCGUGCGCCUGGAGCCUGUGCUCCACAACAAGAGAAGCCACAGCAAUGAGAAGCCCGCACUCCGCAACGAAGAGUAGCCCCCACUCGCCGCAACUAGAGAAAGCCCGCGUGCAGCAAGGAAGACCCAACGCAGCCAAAAAUAAAUAAAUAAAUAAUUUUUUAAAAAAAGACCCUUACUAUCACCACCAUGCUCUGUUAUUUCUUCCUUGAGGGACUGAGUGAGAAAAGAAGAUAUGAGGGAGAAUAGUAAGAGAGGGUGCUUACAAAUCUUCUCUGUUUCCUUUGCAAACAGCAAUAAAUACGUUUUGAAAAAUAAGAAGGCUGGUAAGCGUGCCUACUUUAAUAACAGGAGGGUAGAGGAGACACUGGAGAAGGGAAAUCCUGUUGUUGGGGGGAAGGUCUCUAGUGAAAAGCCACAGGGCUCUGUCCUAGUUAGUUCCUGGAACUAGGACAGUGAGGUAUCUUGGGGUUCCCACUGGCAAGAGGCUCUGUCUCCCAUGACUCUCCUCCCCCAGCCUUGAACCUUGACCCUUUUCAUUCCCAAGCUCCUGUGGGCUUCUCCCCUUGGACUCUGUCCUUCGUCAUCCAGCCAGCCCCCAGUUACUGAUAUUCUACCAGUAGCUGAGCUCUGAGCCAGUGCUGGGUCUCCUGGCCUCUUUGGUUCUAGCUGAGACCAGAGUCCCCAUCUGAGGUGCUAUGGUGGGUCCAGCACCUUCCCAAGGUUUCAGAAGGAAGGGCUUAAAUUCUUGUGGUCACUCCUGACUCUUACUUCCAGCUUCUGCUCGGUUUUCGCCGUCCUCUUGAAAUUUUGCACAUAGUCCUUUGUCUCUACCUUGGCAUCACCCCUAACAUGGAUCACAGUCCUUCUCCCCACUUUCCAUAGAGACCCCAUUCACACACUUUGAUGUGGGGCAGGCUUUCCAAAAUAAGAGGUGGAGGGGAUUUACAUUACACACAAAAACAAUGUAAAAAUCCUAAAAUCCUGUCUUUGACAUUCCUGUUCUUUAUUAUUUUCUUUCCUUUACCAUAUGCUUUCUUUUCUUCUUUAUUUUAAAUUUAUUUUUUAAAUUGAAGUAUAGUUGAUUUACAAUGUUGUUUUAAUUUCUGCUGUACAGCAAAGUAACUCAGUUAUACAUAUACAUACAUUCUUUUUUAUACUAUUUUCCAUUAUGGUUUAUCCCAGCACACUAAAUAUAGUUCCCAGUGCUAUACAGUAGGACCUUGUCCAUCUAUUCUAUAUGUAACAGUUUGCAUCUACUAACCCCAGACUCCCAGCCCAUCCCUCCCUCCUCCCCCGCUCCCCCUUGGCAACCACAAUUUUGUUCUGUGCCAUUCCUGUUCUUUAAAGUCCCUUGGUCCUUUCCUUGUCUUGGGCUUGGCCUCUUCCCCUGCCCCACUUUCAAUGCUGUUAUUGUCUGCACCGUCCCCGCCCUGCCUCCAAAUUCCUGCCAUCAUGCCCAGUCAGUCCUUUCUGGGUUUCACCUUUCAUCCCAACCACUUGUCACAGCUUUUACCCAAACCCAGUUCUGUCCCUAAGAGGGACUGUGGUGCCAACCACUAAGACCCCUUUUCCUGGUGCCCCCCCAGAAGCUCUUUGUGGAGCCAAGUGGGGAAGUGGUUGUGACUAGGGUGCUCUGUGCAGGUGCUGGGGUGAGGCACCCUUUCCCCCAGAGGUCCAGACUGUGAAAUUGAGGCUGAUUCAGGACUAGGCCAACCCUGUUCUUCUGGCAGCUUAGAGUGUGCUGGGGAUGAGGACAUAUCAGGGACACUGAUCCCUUAGCCCUUCCUGAGGUGGGCUCUGCAUUUCUGCUCCCAGCUGGACUUGGGAGCAUUUUCCCACUGCAAGCCUGCUUAUGCUUGUGGGGAGAUUCUGUGGCCCAUCAGUACCAGGUCACCCUGUGGGCUCAUUCUAUGAGUGACAGGCCGUUGACCUCACCAGGGGACCCAGAGCCACACAUGACCCUGUUUCUGUGGGAAAAUAUGUUCUGGUCUUUGAACGCCCAACUUAGAGACAAACUUUGGGGCUGUCCAAAGCUGAGGGAGGCCAGUGCGGUCUGUAGGCAGAAGGUGGUGAUGAUCUCCCAGGCCUCUGUUCUGCUCAGACCCUGCCACAUCCCACCACACUCAAGGAAAGACAGAGAAAAACCACUUCUAAGAGGGUGGCUGGCUGUCAGUGCAUCCUGGGAGGUGAGUUUGGAGGCCUGGGGGUGCUCUUCACAGAGAAGGAAAGACUCAGUAGAGGUGGGGAUGAAGCCUGCCCUCAGAUGCAGAACCCCACGAAGAUGGAGGGCAGUGCAGGGGCUCUGGUGACCUGGAAACACUUUGCAGAUGUUGAGGAAGAGCAUCCUGCAAAUAGGAUCUGGGCUGCCAUCAGAAGAAGGCCUAGAUCUAUUUUCAGUUGCUCCAAAGGGCCAGUAGGGUGGAAAGCACAGGGAUGCAGAUUUCAAUUCCGCAUGAGGAGGGACUUUUCACGGUGAGAAGUGUUUGACGGUGCAGUGGUUGUCUUGUGCAGCAGCGAGAUGCCAUCCCUUCAUGUGCGCAGACCUAAGCCAUCUGCCUGGAGGAUGUUUCGCAGGAGAUUCAAACAGUUGAUUCUCAAAUGCCAGUCCAAGGUGAGGUCUUCACCUGUUACAGCAAAUCAGAAAAUUAGAACAAUGCAGUGUAUGUUUCAUGAAGCUGUAUUUGGAAAGAGUGUACUCUGAGAUCAGCUCCUUCCAAACUUUUUUGUGGUAAAACGGUCCAUCUUUGUGAACGGGUGGUGAGAGGAGAUGGCAGCUCUUUUAUUUUUAAGGUUUAUUCGGUAUCCCCACAAAAGUUUGCAGUUGUUGGGAGAGUAAAUCCUCAGAGUUAUCACAGGGAGAACAUCUUUUUCCCUUUUUUCUUUUCUUUCUUUUUAUUGUAUCUAUGUGAGAAGAUAGCUGUUAGCUGAACCUACUGUGGUGAUCAUUUCACAAUAUAUGUAAAUCAAACGGUCAUGCUGUGUGCCUUAAACUUAUACUGUGAUGUAUGUCAAUUAUUUGUCAAUAAAACUGGGGGGGGGAAAUGUUUGCAAUAGUAUAUCAGCCUCUGUUUAAAACAAUUUCCUGGACUCUAAAUUCCUAAGGCCCAGAGCUCCCUGGCCUGGGUGGCACUUAAGGUCCCUUAUGGUUACACGAUUGUGCAAAGCACACUUGGGCCCAGGUGGCACAGCCACGCCCCCUCAUAGUCUCCUCCCUCCACCCACCCCCACCCCCAGCCAUGUCCUCUCCCCAAGUUUGGGAUGAAUGUGCUUCUCCUGUCUGCCUGGUUCAGCCACUUACGGAUCCUCCAGAUCCUGGUCAACUCCGGGGCCAAGAUCCACUGUAAGAACAAGGACAGCCUGACCUUACUGCACUGCACAGCCCAAAAAGGCCAUGUGCCAGUGCUGGCGUUCAUAACAGAGGAUCUGGAGGACAUGGCCCUGGACCACGCUGACAAGCUGGGAAGGACAGCAUUUCAUCGGGCUGCAGAGCACGGGCAGUUGGAUUCUCUGGACUUCGUUGUGGGCUCUGGCUGUGACCACAGUGUCAAAGACAAGGAGGGGAACACAGCCCUUCACCCGGCCGCCCGCUGGGGCCACCUGGCCGUGCUGCAGCAGCUUAUGGACAUCAGGCUGGACCUGGAGGAGAGGAAUGCGGAAGGUCUGACUGCCCUGCACGCAGCUGCUGAAGGGAUCCACCCCGACUGUGUGCAACUCCUCCUCGGGGCCGGGAGUAGCGCGAACACCCUCACCCAGAAAAAGCAGAGCUGCUUCCACUACGCAGCCCUCGGUGGCUCUGAGGACAUGGCCUGGGCCCUCGUCCAUGCAGGAGGAAGCACUAACGUGGCUGAUCACCAGGGCGCCUCUCCUGUGCACAUCACCGUGAGGCACAACUUCCCCGUCCUGGUGCAGCUCCUUAUCGACACCGGCAGUGACCUGGACGCCGUUGACAAUGCAGCAGACACCCCUCACCUUGCCGCCGAGCACGCCUGGCAGGACAUAGUGGGUAUUCUCCUCAUUGCUGGGGUUAACUUAAACCUGAGAGAUCAGCAAGGAAAAACCACCUUGCCAGUGGCCACCCACAUCAACCAUGUCAGCCUGGUGGAAAUGAUCAUAAAAGCCGAUUGCUUCUACAGAUGGGAGAAGGACCAGCUCUCAUGCAGGGACCUCUGUGACCCCUCUGGGAAGAGCUUGACCCUUAAGCAGGACCAUCGGCAGGAAACACAUCAGCUCCGCUCUGUGCUGUGGUGACUGGCCUCCAGGUACCUGCAGCCCCACUAGUGGAAGAAGCUGGCGUAUUGCUGGGAGUUCACCGAGGCCCACAUCCACGCCAUUGAGCAACAGUGGACAGGUACCACCUUCUACCGGGAGCACGGGCACCUCACAGCCAGUGAGAACCCCAGCAGAGUGCUGUUCAAAGGCCUCGUCGCCAUUGGCAGGACGGACCUGGCUGAAAGCAUCAGGAAGAAAGCAAACGAUGACUCUAGCGCCCCAAGGAGGUGCACAGCCAUGUAACUGGAGGGACUGGACAUUCAGGAGCAUGGAACCUCAGAGUGGGGGCCACUGAACAGAGGAGGACCACCGUUUAAGGGCUUAAAAAGCAAUUACUGUAAACAGACUUCCAGCUGCUUCCACUGAAACCCAUAUUAGGACCAGCAGGCAAGUGUUUGUGAUCUUUUUCAUGGAGGCCUGUCUCAGGUUUUGCAGGUAAUCCCUUCCCAGAGGUAUCGUCGUUUGCAGCUCUCAGUUUACUUUCAUCUCCUGCAUCUCACUGGAGCCUCACAGCAGCCCUCUGUGGUGCAAGGGAUGUCUUUUCAGAGAGGACUCUGGGCACAGGGUGGAUAAGCAGCUCAUCAGGUGGUGAGGUCAGGGGCCAAACUGAGCAUUCCUGUCUCCCCAACCUGGUGAAGGGCUCCAUCCAUCCCUUAUGAGAAGGACCGCCCUUAAUUCAAUCCCUGACUUUUAUGAAUGCUGUGCUUACUCCACAACUGUUUCUAUUCUCAGCUUAUUUGUACAUUUUGACAGUUCCAGGAGGCACACACUCGCAUUUUUUCCCUCUUUUUCAAAAUACCUUUUAAAGUUUUAAACUCUUAAUUUUAAAAUCAUUUCAGACUUACGAAAAAGCUGCAGAAAUAGUUCAAAGAAUUUCCAAAUACUCUUCACUCAGCUUCCCCAAAUGUUAACAUCUUACAUAACCAGGAAAUUAACACUGCUAGGAUACUAAUUUUUUUUUAAACCUUUUUGUUUUUUAGAUGUUGGGGGUAGGAGUUUAUUAAUUUAUUUUUGCUGUGUUGGGUCUUCAUUUCUGUGCGAGGGCUUUCUCUAGUUGUGGCAAGUGGGGGCCACUCUUCAUCGCGGUGUGCGGGCCUCUCACUAUCGCGGCCUCUCUUGUUGCGGAGCACAGGCUCCAGACGCACAGGCUCAGUAGUUGUGGCUCACGGGCCUAGUUGCUCCGCGGCAUGUGGGAUCUUCCCAGAUCAGGGCUCGAACCCGUGUGCCCUGCAUUAGCAGGCAGAUUCUCAACCACUGCACCACCAGGGAAGCCUGCUAGGAUACUAUUAACUCACCUUCACACCUUAUUCAAAUUUUGUCAUUUGAGCCUGGAAGUUCUGCCUGAAAGCUGUUUUUGUCUAAUGUGAGCUCUCCUGCAUGUGGCACAGCUGGCUGUGGCCAGUUUCGGAGCCCAUAUCUUAGAAAAGCUCCCCACAAAGUUAGCCUUUGGGCCUGCGUCCUGGGAAGAAGAUAGAAUAAAAACUGCUAGAGUUGAAAGGGGCUCCAGUUCUCACACAUGGCUGGUGGGAGUUCACAGUGGUACAAUCCUCUGAAAGGCAAUUUGGCAUUAUCCACGAAACUACAAAUACAUUUACCCUUUGACGUAGCAGUCCCACAUCUAGGCAUUUAUCCUACAGAGAAACCUGCAAACGUUAUAUAAUACUAACACACAUGCAAGUGAACAAAGGUGAAACUAUGCUGUGAGAUGGAUGUAUGGGAACUGUGUACUAUCUGCUCAGUUUUCUUUAACUGUUUUUAAAAAAAAUAGUCUAUUUUUAAAAAUAACUGAAACUAAAACUUACAAAAAGAAAAUGAGGCUUUGAAACCAACCCAUCAGGUUGAUGAUUUGAGAGGUGUGUCUGGCCUGAGGCCUCACAGUUUGCGGUGGGAUUCAGUCCCCAGCACAGCACACAGCCUCCCUGCCAUUGUGGCACCCUUCAUCUGCACAUGCUGUGUUGAGAUGGAGAACCUUCUUCUACCAUCUAUUCCAUAUGAGAAAGGUAUUUCAUACCACAUGGGACUUGGAUCACUUACCUGGAUGAAUUUUGUUUUUUGUUUUAUUUUUUAUUUGGUUUUGGCUGCAUUCGGUCUUUGUUGCUGCACACGGGCUUUCUCUAGUUGCGGCGAGUGGGGGCUGCUCUUUGUUGCAGUGCAUGGGCUUCUCAUUGUGGUGGCGUCUCUUGUUGCAGAGCACAGGCUCUAGGCACAAGGGCUUCAGUAGUUGUGGCACGCAGGCUCAGUAGUUGUGGCUCAUGGGCUCUAGAGCACAGGCUCAGUAGUUGUGGUGCACAGGCUUAGGUGCUCUGUGGCAUGUGGGAUCUUCCCGGGCCAGGGCUUGAACCCAUGUCCCCUGCAUUGGCAGGCAGAUUCUUAACCACUGCGCCACCAGGGAAGCCCUGUUGUUUGUUUUUUGAGAUAAAAAAGCAAGUCCAUAAAUAAAGUUUAAACGUUGAAAUAUAUCUCUCAAGUUCAAUACUUCUUUUGUUUGGGAAAUCAAUAGCAAAAUUUCAAACAAGCUAUUGUGGAUUUUUUUUUUUAAACAGGAUUUACAAGAUUGAUUUAUAGGGUUCUCAUGAAUGAUCUCUUGUUGCCUACUCAAUCAACCUGUAAACAAUUUUUUAAACUUAAAAAAAUUUUUUUUAACUUUUAAAAAUAUUUAGAUCAAUAAUUUUUUAUUGAAUUAUAAUUGAUUUACAAAUUGUGUUAGCUUCAAGUGUACAUCAUAGUGAUUCAGUUUUUUUUCUGAUUAUAUUCCAUUAUAGGUAUUUAUUAGAUACUAAAUAUAGUUCCCUGUGCUAUACAGUAAACCCUUGUUGCUUAUCUAUUUUAUGUAUAGUACUUUAUACAUGUUAAUCCCAUAUUUCUAAUUUGUCCCUCCCCACCUCCCUCACUCCUUUGGUAACCAUAGGUUUUUUUUCUAUGUCUGUAAGUCUGUUUC